CAUAGCACUUGUUGUCUGUUUUUUUCUAUUUAAUGCAUUGGUUUUGAGAUUUAUCCAUGUUGUUGCACAUAACAGCAUUUCGUUCCUUAGUAUCACUGAGUACUGUUCAUUGGAAUGGAUGUCACACCAGUCCAUGAGCUGCUUCUAGUAUCUGCUGGAACCAUUCACAUACAGGUCUUUGUACAACAUAGUUUUUUUUUUAUUGUUGUUUGUUUUUAUAAAUACUUGAGAGUGGGACUGCUAAGUUCUGUGACAAGUGUGUGUUUAAUUUUAUAAGAAGCUGCCUAAGUUUUCAAAAGUGACUGUACCAUUUUGAGUUUCCGCCAGCGUAGCAUUCGAGUUUCACUUGUUCCACAGCCUCACCGGCAGGUGACAGUUUUGUUAAUGUCACUUCUUGUGGACGUGUGGUGGUAUUUCAUUCUGCUUUAAAUCGCAUCUCCCUGAUGACUAAUGAUGCCGAACAACAUGUGUUAUUUGUCAUUCUGUCUCUCCUUUGGUGGAGUAUCUGUUCAUAUCUUUUGCCCAUGUCUUACUCAGUUGUCUUCUUAUUGAGUUGCCUUUUAAAGUAAAAAACUUUUUAAAUUUUGAGGUUUAAUUUAUUAAUUUUUAAUUUUAUGGAUUGUGUUCUGUGAAACUCUUUGCCUAGUCCAAUGUAACACACAUUUUUUUCUCUGAAUUUUAGAGAUUUAGGUUUUACAUUUCAUUUCACAUUUUGUGUGUGAUAAAACUUAGAAUUAUUUUGGGGAAGGUAUCAUAAUACCUCUGCCUUGUCUAUGAAAAUGAUUCAUAUGGUCACAAAGUAGAGGGGAAAUUAUUGUGUUGUUAAUCAGUGGUAUAGUUUCACAAGCUUCCAAAUAGUUUUGAGAACAUUUCUCCAUGUUAGCAGCAAAAACAUUCAGAACAUGAAAACUUUCAUCAAGUUUGGAAGAAACCCACCUAGCCUGUGACUGCUGAAACCAUGUUUUAACUGGUACACUCUGGGAUCUGUGCACCACACAGAUUCUUGAUCCUACGUAUGUGGACCUCUAGAUUUCAUGUUUAUGUUCAUCGUUUGGGGGUCAGUGUUCAUAGUUCUUACCUGACUCCCAGUGGGACUUAGAUCUCAAAGGUUCAUGAUCACCGGUUUAGGACGAGCACAUUUCAGAAGGCUGGGGACCAUAACAUACUUGGUCAUUGUAAGUGAAGAUGCAGCUGUUUUCUGAGGGCAGUCUCUUUCUCUCAAGUGAUUUCUUCCAAGAUCUGUUUUCCUCAUUAGCACCGCAGAGGCACUUAGCAUUUGGCUGCUUUUCACAUAAAAUGUGUUGCAAUGGGGAUGUGGGCCUGAAAUGAGGCAAAAACAGUGGUAAGGUCAUGGUCAGGAGGAUUAAGGUUGGGAAGAGAAUAAGUGAGGAAUUGACAUAUCGCCAAAUGCCUCUCUUGCAACUUAAUUUGAAAAACUGUGUAGUCAGUGUGCUCAUUUUUUCUGAAGAUUUAAAUGCUUUAGUUCUCUGAUUUUGUUAUGGGUCAUAGUUGUCCCUGUGGUGAUGGGGAAGAAGAGUGGGCUUUUAGAAAGAGUCCUGUGCUUGACUGAAAGGCUUGUCAAUCAAGCACAUGAUAUAUGAAUGAAUAAAUGAUAAUGUUAGAGUAGUGUUCUUCAUCGUGAAAUAAAUACCAAAAGGUCAAUGUAGUUGACUUUAAAGAAAAAUUAGUGCGAAAUGAGUUAAAUAGAAAAAGUAUCUCACACACACACACACACACACACACACACACACGAAAUCUCUUGCCACUUCAUUGGCAGUUCAUAAAUUUCUUGGAUUUUAGUUUUAAAUCUCCAUGCUUUAAUCGACUAUCCUGAAUUUAAUCAAAAUGUCCUGAAUGUAAGGUUGCACUAAUAACAUUAUGAUCUGACUGCAUAUAUGUAUGUUUUUAUUUCUUUAAACUACUAUUACCAAGCCCAAGUGUGAUAACUUUGCCUCAUUCUAUAUUCUGUGCAACUGUGUUGUUGGCGCUGGUUUGUAUUAUAAACAAUCCACCCAAGUUUGCAGCAGUGGCUUUGAAAAAUCCCUAAUUAAAAUAAAUUUCAAGGUUAAGCUAUUUUUAUUUAUGUCUGAAAACAAUUACCAAUACUUGUGGCUUUUAAGGUAAUAACAGUGUGGUAAGCAUAUUUCAGAACCAGGAAAGCAGAAAUUCGCAUUUAUCAGAGGCAAAAAAUUAGUCUUGCAAUACUUUGGAAUGUCUCUGGUAAUUAAUUAUAGGUGAUGUAUAUUAUAAGAAACCUCAAAGAUUUUAGCAGGAGGGGAGAAAGGGGCCUUAUGUAUUUCAUUUCUGAUAUAAUCCCUGUCACUCUCAGAGGGAAUUAAAGUUUAAUAAAAAGGGAUAACAGAGGGAUAUAAUCUAAAAAUACUAAUUAAUAACUUUAGCUCUACCAAAGUGAGAUUCUGUAAUAAAUGGUAGGCUGUCAGUUGUUAAAUCAUGAAAUAUUGCAGAGAGGGAAAAGACAACAUACUCUUUCACAAGAUGGCUCUUUAGAUUAAAACUGUUAGUGGUAGGCAAGUUUUGUACUUGUUAAUCACUUGUGUUUUUACAUCAAUGUUUGUAAUUACAAUUAAACAGAUGGUGCCUGAAAAGAUAGUGUGUUCUUAGCAAUUAAAACCAUGGCAAGCAGCUUUUCCUCUUCCCCAACAUACAAUUAGACUGAAUAGACUCACAGGCCCUGUGGGUUCUUCAGAGGGAAGAUUCUGUGCGGGAUCAAGGAGAUUAGCAUUCUGCUCCCCAUCCCUGUCAUCUGGACCCCUACAGACAGAGCUCUUGGCAGCUGGCAGGGGACUUCCAAACAUGGGUUUUAGGAAGUAGUUACCCCUUCUCUGCUUUCUCCCCAAAUCCUGCUCUUGCCAUAGGGGGAUUAAUAGAAUACUUUUUUAAACAUAAGAUCUUAGCAACAGUUUCUAACAACCGUUGGAUGUGUUUAUCUAAGAAGGCUUUGUAAAUUUGGGAGCUCAGCUAGCCUAUGGAAUUCCUCAAGGGCACAGGUGAACGAAGGCAAUAGCUAAGCAUGACGACCAGCCGACGGCUCGAGGAGUCCAUGGGGGCCGUUCAAAUGGGGUUAGUGAGGAUGCUGAAAGGGUUCCAGAGCAAGGUGCUGCCACCCCUGAGUCCGAAGGUGGUCACCGAAGAAGAAGUGAACCAAAUGCUGACACCCUCGGAGUUCCUGAAGGAAAUGUCCCAGACCACAGAACAGAGACUGGCUAAUACACGGUUGAUGUGCCGACCACAGAUCAUCGAACUUCUAGAUAUGGGGGAAACGACCCAUCAGAAGUUUUCAGGAAUUGACCUGGAUCAGGCACUAUUCCAGCCCUUUCCAUCAGAAAUUAUAUUUCAGAACUACACUCCCUGUGAAGUCUAUGAAGUUCCACUGGUUCUGAGGAACAAUGACAAAGUUCCGAGGAUGGUGAAAGUCAUUGAGGAAAGUUCACCUUACUUUAAAGUAAUCAGCCCCAAAGACAUUGGCCACAAAGUAGCUCCAGGAGUGCCAUUCACAUUCCGAGUCGUCUUCACUCCGGAGGAGAACAAGGAUUACACCCAUAUGUUGACCUGUGUUACUGAAAGAGAAAAGUUUGUUGUACCCAUCAAAGCCAGAGGUGCGCGGGCCAUCCUAGAUUUUCCUGACCAGCUGAAUUUUGCCACUUGCCCUGUCAAAUACAGCACUCAGAAGAUUCUGCUGGUACGAAACAUUGGCAACAAAGACACUGUGUUUCACAUCACAACUUAUAGGCCGUUCUCUGUAGAGCCAUCUGUCGGAAGUCUUAGUGUGGGAGAGUCCAUGCAGCUGGAAGUGAAUUUCGAGCCACAGACCGUGGGCAAUCACAGCAAACGGCUUAUUGUGUAUUACGACACAGGUGAAAGAAUGUUUGUAUCCCUGUAUGGAGCUGCCAUAGACAUGAAUAUAAGGCUGGACAAGAAUUCUUUGAUCAUUGAGAAAACCUAUAUAUCUCUGGCCAAUCAGCGAACUGUGACUAUUCACAACCGCAGUAACAUCAUUGCCCACUUCCAGUGGAAGAUAUUUGCUACUCAGGAAGAGGAAGACAGAGAAAAGCAUAGGGUCUGUAGCAGUCUGAUCAAAGAAGAAAAGAAUGAGACUGAUGACUUUCUUGAAGAGUGUAUUAUUGAUCCUUCACUGCGAGAACGCCUUUCCAUUCUCUCCCGCACCUUUGAGAAUCAGAGAAGUCUGGUUCAGGAAGACAGCAUGCUCUUCUUGAACAAGGUUUUCGUUACUGAGCCUCUGGAAGGUGAUGUCUGGCCCAACUCAUCAGCGGAAGUCACUGUGUACUUUAACCCUCUGGAAGCCAGGCUCUACCAAAUGACUGUUUACUGUGACAUUUCAGGCCGAGAGAUCCGUCUGCCCCUUCGAAUCAAAGGGGAAGGAAUGGGACCGAAGAUUCACUUCAACUUUGAAUUGCUGGAUAUUGGAAAAGUUUUUGUCGGAUCUGUGCAUUGUUAUGAGACAAUCCUGUCCAACAAAGGCAGCAUUGACGCGCUCUUCAACGUGAUCCCUGCCACUUCCGCCCUGGGGGCCUGCUUUGUUUUCAGUCCCAAGGAAGGCAUCAUCGAACCAGCCGGGGUCCAGGCUAUCCAGAUUACCUUCAGUUCUGCCAUCCUGGGCCACUUCGAAGAAGAGUUCCUGGUCAGUGUCAAUGGGUCACCGGAGCCUGUGAAACUGACUAUUAGAGGCUGUGUCAUCGGACCCACCUUCCACUUUAACAUUCCUGCUCUGCACUUCGGCGAUGUUUCCUAUGGGUUCCCUCAUACCUUGAUAUGUUCCCUCAAUAACACCUCCUUGGUCCCGAUGACCUUCAAACUGCGUAUCCCUGGGGAUGGCGUUUCCAGUUGUCAGGCUUAUUCGGACCACCAAGGAUCCUCUUGGAACAAGGAUGAAAUACCCAUAACGAAACCCAAAGAAUUCACCAUCACCCCCAGCUGUGGCACCAUUCGCUCCCAAGGAUUUGCUGCUAUCAGGGUGACCUUAUGCUCCAACACUGCGCAGAAAUAUGAGCUGGCCCUGGUGGUGGACGUGGAGGGCAUUGGGGAGGAAGUGCUGGCGCUCCUCAUCACAGCGAGGUGUAUUGUACCUUCCAUCCGCCUGGUUAGUACAGAGGUGGACUUUGGACGCUGCUUCCUGAAGUACCCGUAUGCAAAAACCAUCCAGCUUGUCAAUCACGAUGACCUCCCAGGAUGCUAUGAGGUCUUGCCUCAGGUGCGCGAGGACUCGCCCGCUGUGUUGUACUCUUGCCCCAGCCCCCGUGGAAUCAUCUCUCCCCAGAGCACCGUUCACAUCCCCCUGACCUUGGAGACCCAGGUCCCUGGGAAACACACGUCCCCACUCUACAUCUCAAUCUUCGGGAGCCAGGACCCCCCUGUGGUGUGUCACAUAAGGAGCAUUGGUGAAGGCCCAGUUAUCCACAUACAUCCCGUUCAACUUGAUUUUGGCAAAAUCUACGUCUUAAAGGAGUCCUCCAGGACUCUCAACCUCUCCAACCAGUCCUUCAUCCCUGGACUGUUUAAGGCACACAUGGCACACAGAAAUUCCCUUUGGACAGUCGAACCCAACGAAGGUGUCGUUCCGCCAGAAAAUGAGGUUCAGCUGACACUGACCGCCAACCUGAAUGACAUAGUGACAUUCAAAGACACGGUCAUUUUGGAAAUUAAAAAUAGCAACACCUAUCGGAUUCCAGUCCAGGCUUCGGGAAUUGGUUCCACCAUUGUUUCAGAUAAGCCCUUCGCUCCAGAAAUCAAUUUGGGAGCAUAUUUUAGCCUGAACAUGUGUUAUUACAACUUCAAGUUGACCAACAAGGGCCGUCGCGUCCAACAGUUGUACUGGAUGAACGAACAUCCCUGUCUCCAGAACAAGCCAAGCAAGAGAGGACCUGCCAACAGCCUCCCACCGUGCCAUGGCUCUCAGGCACCCAGGGACCCCCAGAGCCCUGUGUUUCAGCUUCAUCCCGUCAGGAUGGAGUUGCAGCCAGAGCAGACGAUCGAUGUGGUACUUGAAGGCUAUUCUGCUACUCCCAGGAUAGUCGAAGAGAAGCUCGUGUGCCACGCCGUUAUUGGGAGACAGAAGAGGAAGAGCAUGGUGAUAACCGUGAACAUCAUCUGCGAGUUUAUAGAGCCGCUCAUCCAGCUCUCCACCAAGCAGCUCUUAUACCGACUGGAGAAGAAACCAAACACUGUCUUGAAACCUGAUUACCAGCCCUUGGUCAUGAAGAACAUUUCCACCCUGCCCGUGAACGUGUUGCUUUCAACGAGCAAACCCUUCUUCAUCUGUGAGACUGAUAAGUCUCUGCUGCCCUUGCCUCCUGAGCCUGUUAAACUGGAGAUCGGGGAAGAAAAGAGCCUGCUGAUCAAAUUCGACCCUUUCUACAGACACGAUCUGAACAACUGGGUGGCAGAAGAAACUCUAGCAAUCAAGUACCUGGAGCACCCUCAGGUAGACAGCCUGAAGCUGCGUGGGGAAGUGCACUUCCCCAACCUCAGCUUUGAGACCAUGGAACUGGACUUCGGCUGCAUUCUCAACGACACCGAGGUGAUCCGCCACAUGACAGUCGCCAACUGCAGUCCCCUGGUUGUGAAGUUCCGCUGGUUCUUCAAGGCGAACAGCGAGGAAAAUCAAAUAAGGAUUGUCCCUGCGGAUGAAGAUUUUGGGUCUAAAGGAAGAGGACGCAAAAAAUCAGAAGAGCCUGACCUGCACAUCUCAGAUGUGUUUGAUAUUUUGCCCCUCUAUGGAGAGCUGCGGCCACACAGUAGCCACCAGGUGGCUUUCACCUUCUAUGGACACUGUGACAUCAUUGCACAGGCUAAAGCUCUGUGCGAAGUGGAAGGAGGGCCCACCUAUGAGAUGAUACUGAAGGGAGAGGCAUCCGUGGUCAGCUAUUCCUUUGACGCCAAGGACAUUGACUACGGAUUACAGCUGUUUGACCACGUCACAGAGAAUGAAAUCACAGUGAAGAAUACCGGGAAAGUCGGCUUCCAGUUCAAGGUGUUGACUGACCACCAGUCUUCACGAGACAACCUUAUGCCCGGCGUGCCGCUGACCCUGCCGCUCUCAGGUUUCGUCGGUUCACUUCAAGAGCAGGUGUUGAAGGUUUACUACUUGCCUGGAGUACCUGGGGUCUUUCAAAGAAGUUUCCAGAUACAGAUCGCCCACCUGGACCCAGAAAACAUCACACUGAGUGGAGAGGGAAUCUUUCCCCGAAUCUGCCUCGACCUCCCCAGAAACCUCAAAGGAAAUGAAAAAUAUGAAACCUUCCUGAAUCAGGCCAGAAAAAAACUAGAAAAAGAGUUCCACAAAUAUGAAACAUUUAAUCACUUAGAGACAACUGAGGAAAUACCUGAGGAUGAAUCUUCCGAGUUAAAUGCUCAGCUCCAGAUGGAAGUAGAGCGACUCCUAGUCCAAAACUACGCCAUAGAACAUCAGAAAACAGUUGUCCCCGACCCCUCGGAUAAUGUCAGCCACUGGAGUCGCCUCAGAAUGACCAAAAUCCAGCUGCCAGAGUAUAUCCUGGACUUCGGCCACAUCAUCCUUGGAGACGUCCGAACACACAUCAUCAAGAUCACCAACACCAGUCAGAUCCCAGUGUCCUUCCACGCAGAAAAGCGUGUCCUUCACGACACAGGCUUUAGUACUGACUUAGACCGUGUAAAGAAUCUGCCUUACUGCGAAACAGAAACAUUUGAAGUAAGAUUUGACCCACAUGGGACCAACCUUUCCGUUGGCAACAAAGAGGUCAUUCUGCCCAUCAAGGUGGUUGGGGGGCCAACAAUUCACAUCUGCCUGCAAGCCAAGGUGACCAUUCCCACUAUGACUCUGUCUUGUGAGAAAGUGGAGUUUGCCACGAUCCAGUGUGGACACUGCCUUGUGGAAACUGUUCAGCUUUUCAAUAAUCUUCAAGUUCCUUGUGAAUGGUUUGUCCACAGCCAUAAGCUAUGUAACAAGCUGGAGAAACACAUGCCAAAGUACUUAAGACAGAAACUAUAUGCUGAACUAAAACCAAAGACACGGAUCUUUGAGAUCCAACCUACUUCUGGAGUCUUGGAUCCUGGUGAGAGAUUCAACGUGCAAGUGAAAUUCAUGCCUAAAGAAGAGAGAUUCUACAGCCAAACCCAGACAUUCCAGAUUGCGCGUGGUACUCAGAAGCUUACGCUGCUGACACAGGGGCAAGGUUUGGAGCCACGCUUGGAAUUCAGUCCUUCCGUUCUGGAGCUGGGGCCACUGCUGCCCUACGCACCCGGAGACGAGGCCGAGGUGGUGGUGAAGAACCCCUGUGACUUUCCCAUUGAGUUUUACUCCUUGGAAUUUGACCAGCAGUAUCUCAUCGAAGAGAAGAUCCUGCGGACGCUGAAGGGCUAUGAUUCCUACAACACCCUGCUGCUGCCACCCCGCAUCCCUGGGGAGAAGCUGCCCACAGAAAUGUACGAGUACUUCAAUGAGAUGAAGCAGUCAAAAGAGGAGCAGCUAAAGGUGAAAUACCUGGAGGCUCUGGUGCAGGAUAACGAAGACGAAGAAAUAUCCCCGUUGGAUCAGGGAGCCUCCAACAGCCUGAAGAGGCCCUCACUUAACCACGGGAUCUCUGUCAUAUCUGACCUGACAGACCAGAAUGAGUUCAAGAACAACCUGUAUGAAGAGGACGAUGAUGACAGCCUGGAAAAAAUAGUGUUUCAAACGGACAAGGUACAGAGCACUGACAGCCACUCCUCAGAGGAAGUCGGAGAAAUAGAGAACAACCCUGUGAGCAAGGUCAUCUCUCGCUACCUGGGCAUUGAUGUCUCCACAGAAAGCAACGUGACCAACAACCAGAAGGGCAUCGCCAUCAUCAUCCACGGGACACCCCUGUCAGGAAAGUCCGCCACGGCAGCCAGCGUGGCCAAGCACUACAACGCAGCCUGCCUGAGCAUCGACUCCGUCGUGCUGGAAGCCAUCUCCGAGGGCAGCAUCGCAGGGCUGCGGGUCCGAGAGCUGUGCAUCAAGGCCGCCAUAGAGCAGUCCAUGCGGGAAGGAGAGGAGCCUGCCCAGGAGCCUGCUUUGGCCCAAAUUUCCAUUGGACCCCUACAACUGAGCACCGAGACCCUGGGCAAGUUAACCUCAGAACCCACCCUGGUAACUCCAGAAACAAAAGGCGCAAAGCCUGUGCGCGGGAGCUUGCUGAUUGGCAAAAGCAAGGCAGAGAGCCACGCCUCUGGGUCUCAGAAGCAACAGCAUCAGCACCCGCCUGAAACACCACAGGUUUCCUCCAGUCCCCUCCCCUCGGGGCCAACGCCGCGCAGGCUCAGUGUCAGCCCCAGUGUCGGAGGGGACACCGGGCUCCUGAGCUGUGUGCUGCCUGAGGAGCUGCUCACCCAGAUCCUGACUGAACGUAUACAGCUGAGUGACUGCUACCAAGGGGUGGUGUUUGAUGGCCUCGAGACACUCUUUGCUCGGAACGGGGCUGCUGCCCUCCUCUGCCUCCUGAAGGCCUUUGGCAACCGGGACCACAUCUACGUCCUCAACAUCGCCCAGGAUUACGCGACCAUGAAGGCCCAGGAGAAAGCCAAAAAGGAGCAAGAAGAGAACAAACGCAGGGAAGCGCUUGAGAAAGAGAAGCAGCGUCUCCAAAACAUGGACGAGGAAGAAUACGAUGCCCUGACAGAGGAAGAGAAGCUCACGUUCAACCGGGAAAUUCAGCAGGCCCUCUGGGAGAGGAAGAAAAGGGAGCUGGAGAGAUUGGCAAGGGAGAUGCAAGAAAAGAAGCUACAACAGGAGCUUGAGCGGCAAAAAGAAGAAGAUGAGCAAAAAAGGAAGGUCAGAAAACCAAAGCUAGGACCAGUGAAGGAGGACUCGCCCCUGAAGAAAUCCCAGACGGCAAGCCGGCAGACUCUUACUUUUUCCAAACUAGAUGUCAAGAUGGACUCAAUAGAAAGAAAAGUGUCCGAGAGGGAUCCAGUAGCGUCUGAGAAGGAAGAACUGGCCAAGAAGAAAAAGAACCAACUGGCAGAUAACCUUCUGGGGGUCCCUCUUGCCCAGGAGCAAGAAGACAGUGAAGCGGACCUCCUGAAGGAAGCCGACAAGCCUUUGGCCCAAAAGUUUAAGAUCUACGAGUUGACUCUGAAGGAUAUCCAGAGCAUCCUCGCUUACUGGGACCGGAAGCAAGGAGUUCAAGUGCAUCACACUGGGGCCGAUGACCUGGCCCACGAGGCCAAUGACCAGCGCCAGGUUCCAUCCACGGGGCGCAGAGGCCGCAAGGACCGGGAGCGGGAGCGCGCGGAGAAGGAGCGGGCUGAGAGGGAGCGCCUGGAGCGGGAAAAGGCCGAGAAGGAGCGUCUGGAGAAACUCCGGGCCCUGGAGGAGCAGAGCUCUGGAGGAGAGGGGGACAAGGAGGAGGACCAUGAAGGAAAGAGGGACCUGGGGGUGCCAUUCAUAAAUAUCCAUAUACCCGACCUGGAAGGCUCCAGCUGGAAGCAGGCCCUGGAGACUGACAGGCUUCCCAAAGUGGAUCAGAUCCUAGACGCCUUGGGCCUGGGCACCUCUGGACUGCCCAUCCCGCCUCCUGUCUUGUUCUCGGUCAUCUCCUACCCUGUGAAGCGGCUGCCCUUGGCCUUAACGGAAACCCUGGAGCACUUUGUGUUUGUGACUCCUCCAUCCGAAGACCUGUCCCUGAUGGAGGACAGAAGAGACGAGUCAGAAGAAGAUCUUUCGAACACCACCACCGCGAGCUCUCUGAAGGAGGAGCUGACCGUGUUAUCUAAGGGGAGCAAACAGAAGCUGAAAGAAAAACUAGAACAGGUUCGAGAGACUCCGAAGGACAAACGCCCCGUGGCCGGCAACAGGAAGAGCGUUUCUGCAGGAACUUCUGGAGCCAUUGCCUCGCCGUCAGAACUAGACUCCGACAACUUGUCUGAGCAGCUCUCCCAGGAGAAAUUCAUCAGGCUGAAUUAUUUCCGGUGGAUCGUGCCACCCAACGGCGAGGUGACGCUGCGAGUGCAGUUCUCUGCCAGCGAUCUCGGGAACUUCGACCAGACGUUCAACUUCGAGAUCCUCGGGACGUGCCGCCAGUACCAGUUGUAUUGCCGGGGCGUCUGCACUUUCCCGUAUAUCUGCCAAGACCCAAGAGUGGUAUUCCCUCACCGGAAGGUGGACAUGAAAGCAGAUGAGAUCGUCUUUAAGAAGUAUGUUGCCAGCAUGGAGAGGUUUUACUUCGGGCCACUGCUCUGUGGAAAAUCAAGAGAUAAGUACAAGUCUUCCACGUUCCCAGGCAACAUGGUGACACUGACAAUCCUGAACAAUUCCCCAAUGGUCACAGAGCUGUUCUUCUGUUUCCAGCACGAUAUCAAAGCAAACACCUACUUUCUGGAACCUGUGAACAUGAUUCUAAAACCCAGUGAAAAGCAGGAACUGACUGUGUGGGCCUACCCCACUGCAGUUGGUGUCUUUGAAGACAGCAUUGUCUGCUGCAUCAAGGACAACCCAGAGCCAGCCAUCUUCAAGUUAAGCUGCCUGGGAGUCCGCCCAGAACUGGAAGUGGAGCCCAGGCAGUUGCAUUUCGAACGGCUUCUGCUGCACAGAAAAGAAUCCAAAGUAGUUCUUCUCCGCAACGUCACAGCCCUGCCCGUGGCCUGGCGCAUCACCAGCCUGGAGCACCUGGGCGAGGACUUCUCCGUGUCCAUGAUGCAGGGCACCAUCCCCGCCAAGGCCGAGUACAGCCUGCAACUGCACUUCCAGCCCUCCAAACCCAUCACCAUGAAGAAGGCGAUUCGGUUAGAGGUGUUGGACACGGACAACCUCGUGGGUGUUGUUCAGAUUGAAAACAUCCUGGUCCUUGCAGAAUCCUAUGACAUCGCCUUGGACAUCACUUUCCCCAAAGGAGCUGAAGGAGGCCUCGAUUUUGGGAUUGUGAGGGUCUUGGAGGAGAUGAAGCAGCCCCUGCAACUGAAGAACCGUGGGAAAUACGAAAUCAUGUUCAGCUUCUCUGUGGACUCCAUAGGGAUUCCUGUGACCAAUUUAAAUUCUAUGAUUUUAUUCCAACCCAAGAAGGGUUCACUGUCCCCAACAGAAAAGCCCACAAAUGUCCAGGUGUUCUUUCAUUCAAAAAAGGAAGUGAAGAUAGAGCACCAGCCAAUCCUGCGCUGUCAGAUCAUUGAGCCUAAUAUCGCAGAAGGAGGUGAAAUCAUCGCCAGCAUCCCAAUUAAGUUUUCUGUGAAUGCCGUGUUCUCUAAGUACAGCAUCACCCCCUCCUCCGUCAUCAACUUCGGGGCUUUGAUCUGUGGCACUCGUAAGACCACCACCUUCACCAUAGAAAACCAAGGUGUUACUGACUUCAGGUUUGGCCUUUAUAGGAUGACGGGGGUGAGCUCCAUUCAUCAAAAGAAAGUAGCCAGCCAUAUUAGGCAUGCAAGGUCCCGGGAAAGCGAGAACUUCUACAAGUCUGGCUCUUCAAAAAUAACCAAGUUCUCCGAGUCUGUUCAGAAAGAACUAAACAUCUCCAACCAGGCUCGCUUCACCCACGGCAUGUUCACCGUGUACCCUGGGUUUGGCACCAUCCCCCCCGGAGGAACACAGACCGUCAAUGUGGACUGCGUGGCUGACCCUGUGGGCAAGUGUGAGGAGUUCAUAGCUAUUGAUAUCUCUGACCGAGACCCAAGAGACCAUCCUGCUGGCAUUCCUUACAGCCUGUUGGUGGAAGCCUGUAUCCCAGGCUUCGUGACUGACAACAAUGCCUUGAUAUUUGAGGAGCACCAGAUCUGCAGCAGUGCCAACCUGCACAGCAUGCUGCAGACCACGGAGACCCGGGGGCUGUUUGUGGAGGAUGAAAACAAGUUCAUCUUCAGCAGCGUCCUGGUAGGCCACCAGGCCAAGGCUCGAUUCAAGAUCAGCAACGUGGGAAAGAUCGCCUGUGAUGUGAGCAUUGUAGUUAAGCCUGUCUCCAGCAAGAUCACUGCCCGCAUCGUCGACAUCUUUGAAGUGGAACCCAGCAAGAUGUGUAUUGCCAGUCGCUCACAUGCCUUUGUCACAGUGUCCUUCACCCCCCAGACCAUGCAGACCUACCAGUGUAUCUUUGAGGCCACCUUGGACGGCUUGCCCAGCAACCUGACCAAGAACCGAAACCUCGUGUUUGAUAUCGUGGGAGAGGGGAACCUCCCUCGAGUGAGCGUGGUGCGACCAAUUCUCCAUAACCAGCAUGGAAACCCCUUGCUCCUCUUUAAGAGGCUUCUUCUGGGUCAUUCAGAGAAACUACCUCUCAUCUUCAAGAACAAUGGCACUAUCCCUGCCAAGCUGCACAUUGACCUGCAGGACCAGCUGGAAGUCUUCUCCCUGAAAGGGAGGCCCACCACCUCCUAUAUCUACAUCAUAGAGGAAAAUACAGCCCAGGCAAAAGCAAAGAAGGCUCACACAGCCUCCCUGAUCAUUCUUCCUGGAGACACAGCUGAAUUCGAUGUUGUUUUUCACUCCCAAAAGGUUGGGAGGUUGACGGGCAACAUCCACUUGUCAGUGGUCAACAAUCAGUAUGAGGACACGAACAUCCACAUGGUGGCAGAAGGCUACGAGGAUGACAUCACCUUGGACAACAUCCACGGGCUGGUGGCUUCCGCCAGCCAGGAGGUCUUAGAUAGCUCUGAGGUCACCGUGGAAACAACCAUGGAAGACUUGGUGGAAGCUGCCCUGGUGGACCACAUUCAGUUUGGGGACUGCCACGUUGGAAACAGCUAUAACGUGAGCUUCACAGUCACUAACCACAGCCAAGUGAAUGUAAUACGGUUUGAGUGGCCUGUUUUAGCUACAGUUUCCUUUUCCCCACAGAUAGGGCACCUCCACCCUGGGUGUGCCAAGGACAUAGUGGUAACCAUGAAGUCAGAUGUGCCCAUCAGCCUGAAGAAUAUGGAGAUCAAGUGCAAGCUGUCCAAGAUCAUGUUCCAGCAACCUGCGGACCAGGUGCCUGACUGGGACGACCGUAUGCACACCGUCAAGUGGGUGGACAUGCCCAGAAGCACCCCCGGGACUUUCACCACGAAACGAAAAGUGGUGGAGACGGACCCCGAGCCUGCGCACUCGGUACUGGAAGAAAACUACCGGGAACUGCAGCUUCAGAUCAGCGCCAAUGUGAAUUUCGCCUCGUACAAGUGCCAAACGGGCGACGUGCGCUUUAAGGAAACGCUAGUUUACCAGACCCGAGUGUUUGAGCUGGAACUGACUAAUACAGGAAGUGUGCAGCUGGAAUUCAGCUGGACCUCCGAAGAGACAGCCAAGUCCGUCAGCUUCGCAAUGCCAGAUAACCAAGGUUCCUCUCAAAAAGAUCAGCUGAGCCAGGUCACACUGCCCACGGGCAGCAGUCUGGACAGCGCUGUGGACCACGGGAAUGGAGCUCCCCCACUGGCCUUCUCUGUGGUACCCACCUCAGGCACUGUGGCUGUGGGGAAGUCUGAGAAGAUCAACGUGAAAUUCUCCCCACUGGAGGUUGGAGACUUCGAGAGCACUCUUACCUGCCAGAUUCCCAACCUGCCACCUGGAGAACAAGGUCCAGUUGUGUCAGCAAAAGGGCGGAGCCUCCUGCCAGUCUGUCAUUUUGAGCUGAAAGACUCAGAUUACAUCAGUGGUCACCGGCGAAACCCAGAUCUCCGGGGGCCUGGUGGUGGGGUCCUGGAUCCAAACACCCGGGUGAUCGAGUUCAUCAGUGUGGGCAUAGGAGGGAAGAAUCUCCGGACUUUUACAAUCCUCAACCCAACCACUAGCACCUACUCCUUCUGCUGGACCUCUGAAGAAAUUGAAAGUCUCCAGAACCCUCCAGCCUUCACGUGCCUUACAGACAAGGGCUUCAUCCACCCAGAAAAGAAAGCUGAGAUUGUCUUCCAGUACACGCCUUUCCAUCUGAACAUCACAGAAGCAUUCUGGACUUUCUCCAUCCCUGAACACAACAUCACAGUCCCUUUCCUGCUGGUAGGCAAAGCCUCUGACCCUCUCAUCAAUCUGGAUAAGUCCCACCUCAACUUCAGUUGUCUCCUCAUUGGCCGAGAAGCCAGGGAGACCGUGCACAUCAUCAACAGGGAGGAGCAGGGGUUCAGUUUUGCCUUCCUGGAAAACUCCCGAUACUCGGAAGGGUUCAGCGACAGUCUGGUCGUCUCCCCCAUGGAAGGCUGGCUCUCACCGCUGUCCAGGCUACCAGUUGAUAUUUUCUUCACACCAAAGCAGGAAGGAGAUGUGAACUUUAAUUUGAUCUGCAAUGUAAAAAAUAAAGCCCACCCUUUGACCUUAAAUGUCAAGGCUGAGGGCUACACUAUGAAUGCAAACGUCAAGUGCAAAGACAGGACUGGUUCAUCCACUCUCUUGACUCCCAAUCAGACUAUGGUUGUCAACUUCUAUGAGGUGGAGCUGAAUGAAUGUGUCCAGUGUGAAUUCACCUUCAUCAACACUGGGAAGUUCAACUUCAACUUCCAGGCAGAGCUCUCUGGCCCCAAAGCCCUGCUGCAGUACUUGGAGUUUUCACCCACUGAGGGCAAAGUGGACGUGGGGCAGAGUGCCCCUGCCUUCCUGUCUUUCCAACCAUUUAAGAAAUGUGUCCUGAAAGGCCUGGAACUCAGAAUCAAGAUAAGCCACGGUCCAACAUUUAUGUGCAGCAUCUCAGGCUGUGCUGUGAGCCCUGCUAUCCAUUUCUCCUUCACCAGCCACAACUUUGGGACCUGCUUCAUCUACCAAGCCGGGAUGCCCCCAUACAAACAAACUCUGGUCAUCACCAACAAGGAGGAAACAGCUAUGAGCAUAGACUGUUUGUACACCAACACCAACUACCUUGAGGUGAACUUCCGUGUCGAUGUGAUAAAGCCAGGAAAGACGAUGGAGGUUCCCAUCACCUUUUAUCCUCGAGAAAGUAUCAGUUAUCGAGAACUCAUCCCCUUUGAAAUCAACGGGCUCUCACAACAAGUAGUUGAAAUCAAAGGGAAAGGCACCGAAAUGAAGAUUUUAGUCCUAGAUCCAGCCAAUAGGAUUGUGAAGUUAGGAGCUGUCCUGCCAGGACAGGUUGUGAAAAAAACAGUCUCUGUCAUGAACAACAGCCAAGCCCAGCUCACGUUUAGCCAGUCAGUCCUGUUCUCGACUCCAGAACUCCAGGAACCUAAGGUCAUCACCUUGGUUCCAUUCCACAACAUCACUCUGAAGCCCAAGGAAGUCUGUAAGCUGGAAAUCAUCUUUGCCCCGAAGAAGCGUGUCCCCCCCUUCUCCGAGGAAGUGUUCAUGGAAAGCAUGGGGCUCCUGCGCCCCCUCUUCCUCCUCAGCGGCUGCUGCCAGGCUCUGGAGAUCUCCCUGGACCAGCAGCACAUUCCCUUCGGACCAGUCGUGUUCCAGACGAAAGCCACACGUCGCAUCCUCAUGUUGAACACGGGCGACGUGGGUGCAAGGUUUAAAUGGGAUACCAAAAAAUUCGAGCCUCAUUUCUCCAUCAAACCGGAAGAAGGCUAUAUCACUACAGGCAUGGAGGUUUCUUUUGAAGUCACCUACCACCCCACGGAGGUGGGCAAGGAGAGUUUCUACAAAAAUUUGCCCUGCUUCAUCCAGGGAGGCAGUCCUCUGAGCCUAACCCUGUCUGGAGUCUGCGUAGGACCACCUGCAGUAAAAGAGGUGGUAAAUUUUACCUGCCAGGUGCGCUCCAAGCACACACAAACCAUCAUGCUUUCUAAUCGCACCAACCAGACCUGGAAUCUGCACCCCAUCUUUGAGGGUGAGCACUGGGAAGGGUCUGAGUUCAUCACCCUGGAGCCCCAUCAGCAAAACAAGCCCUAUGAGAUUACCUACAGGCCGCGUACCAUGAACUUGGAGAACCGCAAACAUCAGGGCACCCUCUUCUUCCCCCUGCCAGAUGGGACCGGCUGGCUGUAUGCACUGCAUGGCACUACUGAGCUCCCCAAACCCGUGGCCAAUAUCUACCGAGAAGUACCAUGUAAGACGCCCUACACUGAGCUCCUGCCAAUCACCAACUGGCUGAACAAGCCCCAGAGAUUCCGGGUCAUUGUGGAAAUCCUGAAACCAGAGAGGCUAGACCUGAGUGUCACCCUAAAGGGCCUCGACUACAUCGAUGUGCUGUCUGGAUCCAAGAAAGACUACAAGCUGAACUUCUUUUCCCACAAGGAGGGGCUCUACAGUGCAAAGGUGAUCUUCAAAAAUGAGGUGACCAGCGAGUUCUUAUACUACAUGGUGAGUUUCAGGGUCAUCCCCUCAGGCGUCAUCAGAACCAUCGAGAUGGUGAGCCCCGUGCGGCAGAGCACCUCGUCCUCAGUCAAGGUGGAGAACCCCCUGCCCUACUCGGUGACCUUCGCCGUGGAAUGCAGGGUGCCCGACAUCAACCUGCCCUCCCAGUUUGUGGUGCCUGCCAACUCUGAGGGCACAUUCUCCUUUGAAUUCCAGCCCCUGCGAGCUGGAGAAACCUUCGGGAGACUAGUUCUGCACAACAGUGACUUGGGUUACUACCAGUAUGAGCUCAACUUGAAGGCUACGCCAGCACUGCCUGAAAAGCCCAUCCACUUCCAGGCUGUUCUUGGCAGCGGCCAGAACCUCUUUGCCAAGAUCAUCAAUUACACCCGGCAGAAGACAGAAUACUACUGCAGGACCGACUGUCUCGACUUCCACACGGAGAAGGUCGUUAGUGCGGCCCCGGGGGCUCAGGGAGGCACGGAGGUCAGUGUGGAGGUCUACUUUGAGCCCAGCCACCUGGGCGAGACCAAGGGCAUCCUGAGCCUCUCGUCACUGGCAGGCGGGGAGUAUACCAUCCCCCUCUUCGGAAUGGCCCUGCCCCCCAAGCCACAAGGUCCCUUCCUGAUCCGAGCCGGAUACAACAUAGUCAUCCCCUUCAAGAAUGUGUUCUACCAAACGGUCACCUUCUCCUUCAUCGUGGAGAACCCGGCCUUCUCCAUCCGGGCCGUAGACACGGUGCGGCCCAAGAAGAUCAACAACAUCACAGUCUACUUCGACGGAAACCCGUCGGGCAGCAAAACACCCAUCACCAGCAAGCUGAUUGUGGUGUGCCCUCCCGGUGAGGGCAGAGAAACAAGAAUUAAAUGGGUUUAUUAUCUGAAGGGGAUCACCCCUUAGUGGUAACCAGAGCCAGCUGCACCAAGAAAGAGCCCUCCCCUCAGCCUUAAUGUCUAUGUACUGUGCUGGCUCGGUGAACAGAGAAAACAAUCAGAAUUCUAAAGGUACUGUUUUCCCUCUUCAAUUACAGGGGCACUUAUUUCCAUAUCAAAUGUGUUCCAAAUUAUAUGCAUGAUAAACAUAUUCCAUAUUAAAUGUGAUAGCUAUACAAAACAAAGCUAUAUUUUUCUUUGCAAGGGCAAGUCUCUGAUUUGGUUUCUUAACACGCCCCCAAAGCUCAAGCACUGUGUAAAUAACCCCCAUUUGAACACGACGACACAGGCGUCGCACUCGUGACCUCUGGUCGAACAGCACUUAGCAGGGCACGACACAUGACGCAGUUUCUUUUUAAAAAUCCAUGACAGCUUAAAGAGCCCCUAGAUGUGACUCAAUUUUGAUAGGGGGGAUUUUAUUCUGCUUUCACAUAAAAGCUGAAGAAGUCACUAUUUUCAAAGCAACUAACAGAUACAGGCACUCACUGCAGGGCCAGGGGCCGGGUGCUCCCUCCACCGCUGAAUCCCACACCUGCUCCCCACAGCAGGCUCUGGCUGAAGGCUGGGCCCUGGGAAAACGCUAAUUGAGUCCCCAGUCCCCCAUCCCCAGCCCUGUGCACAGCAGUCAGCCUGGAGAGCGGGGAUUCUCCACCCAUCGGCACAUCAGAAUCGCCUGACGCUGGUCCAGACCCCCUGCCCAAAAUCUGCUCUAAUUGAUCUGGAGGUUGAGAGGACUAGGGCAUCUGUUUUGUUUUGAUUUUUCAGUCUGUACAGCAGAGUUGAGAACCAGCACUAGGGAUCAAAAGACCCACCUGGCCGUCAGUGCUGCAACUGAGUCAGGCAUCUGUCCACUUCCAGGGAAGGACCCCACCGCAAUUCGAUAUGGCUAAGCUGCAGCCCUUUGUAAGCAGGUAGAGGGUGUCUUCUAAGUGCCUUUCUUCCCAGGGAGAACCCUACAGAGGCUCCACCUCCAAGGAGGAGUGAGGCCAUCCCCCUCUUCCCCUGGGGCCUACAGUGUUGAAAUAAAGAUGAUAAACGACUGGCUUUCCUUUUUGGACCAAUUGAUAAACUCUUCAAUGCCCCUAAAACUGGAAAGAAAAA